AUGGAUAAUCUUCAAGCACGAUCUCUUGUUGCCAAAUUGGCGACGCAAUGUUGCGAACAUCAUGGCUUUGGAACUAUGUCACCCUCGGUUUAUAACACGGCCUGGCUUGCUAUGAUACAAAAGCCCAAUAACCAGGGCUCUAAGUCCCAAAUCUGGUUAUUUCCUGAAUGUUUCACGUUUCUUCUGGAUCAUCAACUCCCUUUGGGGGGUUGGGAGUCGUAUGCCUCGCCAAUCGAUGGCAUUCUGAACACGGCGGCGGCUUUGCUGGCCCUGAACAAGCACCGAAGAACGUCGGAUACCCAAGACCUCUCCGAAAGAUGCAGGAGGGCAGAAGCAGCUCUACAACUUUUGCUGGAGGACUACGAUACAAGCUCGAGCGACCAUGUUGGUUUCGAGCUUCUUCUUGUUCAACACCUGUCUCUAUUAGAGACGGAGGCUGGUAUCAUAAUUGACUUCCGUCAGCGUAGCGAUCUAGAAGCCCUCCGUGACGAGAAGCUGGGAACACUACCUCUUACAUCUGUCUACGAGGCACCUUCUACCUUGUAUCACUCCCUCGAGGCUCUCAUUGGGUAUAUCGACUUUGAUAAAGUGCGUCCGUUGAGAGAGUCUAACGGAUCGAUGAUGGGUUCUCCAUCUUCCACGGCAGCUUAUUUAAUGCACGCUUCUGAGUGGGAUGAUGAGGCCGAGACCUACCUUCAAAAGGUGAUCAAAUUCGGCGCUGGUCAAGGAGAUGGAAGUGUACCAUGUGCAUGGCCAACCACCAUCUUUGAAAUUACCUGGGUCAUUACUGCUCUUGACGCUGCUGGCAUCAAGAUCGAUGCAGACGAGGCGCUGCCGAUCGCGAAACUGCUGAAUGACACCCUUUUAGAGCAAAAUGGAGUGCUCGGAUUCGGUCGUGGUUGUUUUGCCGAUGCGGAUGACACUGCGAAAGGAAUCACAACCUUGCGCAUUCUCGGUAUCAAGACUGGUAUUGAGGGUUUUCUUAAAACAUUUGAGAGAGAAACUCACUUCAAGACAUACCCAGGAGAGCGCAACCCAAGUUUUAGCGCUCAUUGCAACAUCUUGAUCUGUCUACUGAAGCAAGAUGAUCCGACGCAUUUCAUAACUCAAAUCUCGAAAGCAGUCAACUUCUUGGUUUCUCAUAUGCUUCAGGGCAAAGUUCAUGAGAAAUGGCAUCUUCAUCAUCUUUAUUGGAUCAUGCUCCUUGCUGAAGCAUUGGAACUAUUGUACCAAAACGAGAACGUCAUCCAAAAAUUGUUCCAACAUAAUCCUAGUUUCAAGGAAACUAUCCCUUUCAUAUCUCUCCACUUGUUGAUCAGGAUACUCGUUGAUCAACGGAACAAUGGCUCCUGGGACAAUGGUCAUGAACUGUCGGCGUACGCCAUCCUAGCCUUAUCAUUCUUGGCUCGUCUUCCUUGGAUCCAAAGCAUUGACAUAGGGGGCAUCAUUUCUGCCAUGGCAAGGGGAAAAUCCUUCCUUUUCUCGAAACGAGAUGAGUGGACUAAGGGGAAAUAUCUAUGGAUUGAGAAGGUCACGUAUUCUUCCAAUCUACUGUCUGAAGCAUAUUGCAUAGCUGCUUCAAUGGCGCCCAUACCUUCAGAUCCGAAGCCUCAGCACCAGAGCCCUGAAACCGUUACGGGAAUAUCAGGGAAGAUUAUCAUCGGAAUGCGAAAAGCAGGGGCCUUGAUCCAGCAGACACCUUUGUUCUUGGGGAUAGAAUCUCACAUUAUGCGUGUGGCCGAGUUGCAGGCAUGCUAUGCUUUGCUCAUUCAAAAACGAAAGCCUAGCACAAUUUUCCCAGCGACUGUUAAAGGUGGAGAGAAAUCUUUCUUCAUUAUUCCAUUAGCAUUUACCGCAUGUACAGCACUUCCGAGGUCAUCAAUCAGUAUCUCCGCCUUGCUAGACAUGAUCCACCUAUCCUCACUGAACUUCCUCAUCGACGAAUACAUGGAGAGCGUCAUCGCCCAAGACUUCAGGACCCAGCUCAAAUCGGUCAAAGAUGUUAUUCGUCAAGUCUGUUCUUACACGUUCCCUUCAGUCACCCAAGACGGGCUCAAGAGCUUGGGGGUCGCAGAGAAUAACAGUCAAUCCCUCGGCGGAUUAGAGCAACCAAAGUCCAACCCGGAGAAUAUGUUGCCAAGGAGCCCUGGGGACAAAGUGCAGACAGAUGGUCAAAGUGACCUUGACCCUCUAGGGAAUGUUCAGAGUGUUCUCUACCGAUUUGUUCAUGAGAUUAUGUGCAAUCCAGCAGUUGUAUCAAGCCCAGCCAGUGUCCCAAAUCGCCUGUGCUUGGAGGUUGAAAAGUUCCUCCUGGCACAUGUAACCCACGCAGAAGAUAGCCACAAAUUUGCUUGCCGGAAUCGCCAUGAUUGCAAGAAGAAUGGAUUCCAACCAUCUACAGAAGGACUCGAAACGCCACUGAGAUACACAGAGCCUGUGCAGACUUUCUAUAGUUGGGUACGCAGCACAUCCGCCGACCAUACAUCGUGCCCAUUUUCGUUUGUUUUCUAUAACUGCCUGGUACGAAAAUACUCCAAACCGGGAACUCUAGACGUUUUUGGCUCAGCGCGAACGGCCUACUUGGCCGAAGAUCUAUGCCGGCAUCUGGCAAGUAUUUGUCGAAUAUACAACGAUUACGGAUCGGUGAAACGCGACGCUAAAGAAGACAACUUGAAUUCAAUCAACUUUCCUGAGUUUCAAAGCGUGUCAAAGGCAAAGAGAAAGGCGCAUUUUAUGGCCGAUGAGGAGGUUGCAAAGAGUGAACUGCUCUGGAUUGCAGAUUACGAACGCCGUGGAUUGGAAGCGUCGCUGGCGGCCUUGGAAGAAGAGGUGGGAUCCCUGGAUCUUGAUAUCAUUGAUUCUAUCAAGUUGUUCAUCAACGUCACUGAUCUAUAUGGACAAGUAUAUGUUCUGAAGGAUAUUGGAAAAAGCACAGCGUCCAAUGUCAGUCGACAAGGGGUCUGA